GGUGUAGAUUUCUCACUUAGCAUGCGCAGUCAGCAUUCUACAGUUAGUCAUUUCCUGGUUGAAAUUGUUGAAAUAUUUUCGUAAUUUUUCAUUUUAAUUCCGUUUUGCUUUCUAAACCAUUUAAAAGAUGUCUAGCAGAAAAGCCAAGGCGAAGGGAACCACAAAGAAGAGGGCCCAGAGGGCCACCUCUAACGUGUUUGCCAUGUUUGAUCAGGCCCAGAUACAGGAGUUCAAGGAGGCCUUCAACAUGAUCGACCAGGACAGAGACGGCUUUAUUAGUAAAGAAGAUCUGCAUGAUAUGUUGGCUUCUCUAGGUAAGAACCCCACUGACCAGUACCUAGAUGAGAUGAUGACAUGUGCCCCAGGACCUAUCAAUUUCACCAUGUUCCUCACUAUGUUUGGAGAGAAACUCAACGGAACAGACCCUGAGGAUGUUAUCAGAAAUGCUUUCGCCUGUUUUGAUGAAAACAACUCUGGCUACAUCAAUGAGGAGAGACUGCGUGAACUGCUGACUACCAUGGGUGACCGCUUCACAGAUGAUGAGGUUGAUGAGAUGUUCCGUGAAGCACCAAUCAAAAAGGGCAACUUUGACUACAAUGAGUUCACACGAAUACUCAAGCACGGAAAGAAGGAUGAUGCUGAAUGAAUUCAAUUUCCAUUUUGGUUUAGAGCUAAUUGUCAACAAAAUGUGUAUUGUUUUCAAAGAAGUUUUUUAUUAAGGAUAAUAUUAUAUCUGUGUAAGAAUUAAUUUUUUCAAUAUCAAGUUUGUCCUUAGUAUUCAAUUCUUAAUUUUGUGCAUUUGUUUUUAUUUUCCUCUUAUAAUUUGGAUAGAUCUGAAAUUUGUGUAGUUUUUUAUUUAUUUCAAUUCAGUCUUUGUUUAUAUAGAAUAACUAUAUAGCUAUAAAAGGUUUUUUCCCCAAUUAUUUAUUUUUAAUAAUUAUUUCUUCAGAAAUGUCACAAUCAAUCUUGUGCAGCAAUACAAGUAUAAACUUCAAUAUACUGUUUAGAAAUAUAAAUAUUCUUAUUCAUAUUUGUAGCUUAUUAUGCAUGUCUCUUAACCAUGUCAGUUUAGUAGAUAUCUUUUCGUCUUGUAGUAUUUAGUCUAUUUUCUUGUAUUUUCACGAUACAUGUUUUUUCUUGCCUUUGCAACUGAUCACAUUCCAUUUUGAACUAUGUGGACCAAACACUUCUUGCUAUUAUCAUAGUGCAUUAAGUCUUUUUAUAUGCUAAAGUUGAAAUAUUUGACCAACUAUUAUGUAUGUGUAGUUAUUUGAAGUUAAUGUCACAUCAUUUUUAGCUUGGCUGUUUUUGGAGAAAACCCGAGGUAUUGUCAUAGCCAGCUCGUCAUGUCGUCUGCGUCGUGCUUAAACCUUAACAUUUUGUUAAGGUUUUUAACAUUGGCUCUAAAAUCAAAGUGCUUCUAUCUAGAACUUUGAAACUUCACAUGUAGCUGCACCUUGAUGAGUUCUACAAGCCACACCCAUUUUUGGGUCUCUAGGUCAAAGGUCAAGGUCACUGUGACCUCUUAAAAAGAAAAAAAGACAAGCUUUUGCAGCCGAGCGUGGCACCUGUUAUGCGGUGCUCUUGUUAUGCAUUCAUUCCAACUGAAGCAAUUUGUUGUCAAAUGUACAAAUUGUCGAGUUUUGUGCAAUUUUGACAUAAGACUAGUAUGUUUUCCCCAGUAUAAGACUGUUAGAUGCCAUUGUAAAUUUUAAACUGUGGGAAAUUAAUUUAAAUAUAUUGCUUAUUUUUAUACUGCAGAUGUGUGAUAUUUGUACAUACAUGUGAUGGUUUGUUUCUGCUUGCUUUAUCGCUUGUAUUGCAUUCCAUAUCAGUUGAGAUAACAAUAUUGGACCAAAUUUUUGUUUACGAAUUAUUUUUACUUAAAUAUUGUUUUUCAAAGCCAAGCAACAGUUGCCGUUCGGAGGUACACAUUCAUAUUUUUUAACCUUGGUACAAAUGCUGAAAAACUAGAAAUGUUGGGUAUCUCUUGCAUAAUUUGUAUGUAUAACAAAAUUAAAAAUGUCUUUCAGUGAUGUUACAUUAAGCAUUAAUAUUGAACUACACAAUUGUCUCCGCAAUUUUUAUACUCGUAAUAAAAUGUAACCAACAA